CUCACUUGAGGAAACCAUUGCCCACCAACCUCAGUGCUAAGGUAUGUUCAUUGUUCCAUUGGAUAGACCUACAGGUUACAGACUUCGGAGCAAUCGCAGCAAUGUGGGAAUUCUUUCUUUGCCUGCUACCUUAUCUAAUGCUGAUCCUGGUAAAGAUUUUGCUUCGAUUGAACUGGAUCUGCCAUCUUGCAGAUAGUACCGUUCAGCAGUUGGGUCACUGUAUGUGGAUUAUGGCCUGUAGAGUUCUGAAACUGCCGCAUAUUCCAGUCUCCAAAUCCAUAGGAGAAUGCCAGGGAGAAGUCAGACUGAUCUGUAAACCCACGGCCCUUGCCAGCCACCUGAAGAAACACUGCUAUGCUUUGACCCAGCCUCCAUUGGCACGGUGGCCUCAGACCGACCCUCAUCUUCAGAUAAUCACCCAUCUCAUGUGGCCCACAGAGGAAGGUGCUGAACUCCAAGGAGGAGUCCGCUUUAAAAGGGAUAACCUUCUCCUAGAGGACGGGGGUAUUGUGGCCCUGGACUGGGCUGUGAGUCUGAUGGAGCAACAAGUUCAGACCAAAAGGGAUCAUCAUCCUGGUGGAAAAGUUCUGGGCCUUCACUCUAGCAAUCCGGCUAUUGUUGUUAUAAUUCCUAAUGCCCUGGGCAGAGUAACGCCACACUUGAUCAGAUUGUGCCACCAGGCUUUGCAACAGGGUUUCUAUCCAGUGGUGUUCCAUCGACGUGGUCAAGGUGGUUGCCCGCUGACCACUCCACACUACCAGGAGUUCGGAAAUCCUUCUGACCUUGUGCAAGCGGUAGCAUACUUGCGGAGUCAUCAUCCAUCCUCAACUUUGCUUGCAAUAAGUGAGGGCUCGGGAUCAGGGUUGCUGCUGUCAUAUCUGGGGGAAUGUGGCUCUUCAUCCUACCUGACGGCUGCUGCUUGCAUCUCUCCUGUGUUUCAUGGCCAACUGUGGUUCGAGUAUGAGCUUCCUUGGCUCUAUCACUGGAUAGCCCUCAUCUAUCGCAAGCUUCAAAUAAACAGGUACGCUACUGCUUUGAGCGCUGUGAUGGAUGUAGCAAAAAUUCUACACUCCACCUCUUUGCAAGAUAUAGAAGAGCUCAUGUUCUGUGCUACUAAGCAGUCUGAUCACAGAAUGUCAGACUCAAUAGACCAUGUUGGAAAGGACCGUUCAAGAUCAUCAACAAAGCCUGAUUGGGCAAGUUAUUGGGAGAGGAAUGAACCUUUGCGAGAUGCAGACGAAGUGGCAGUGCCAGUGCUCUGUUUGUGUAGCCGAGAUGAUCCUUUACUUCCACCUCUCUCCACUGUACCCAAGGCACUUUUUCAUGAUAGCCCUUACUUUCUGCUGGCCAUAACAGAACAGGGAGGCCACUGUGGCUUUCUUCAUGAGGAUAGACAUGGAGGUACUACUUCCUGGAGUCAUUUUGUGGUGUUGGAAUACUUUCGGGUAGUUGCCGAUUUCUUCGGGGUAGAAGAGAAGAAAGGGUUCAAGGAUGAUGUUGCACACCGUGGCAGCCAGGGCCUGAGGCAUAGCGCCAGUGCUGUGCUGUCCAGAAGGAGGAGGUCAACCUUGCUUCGCAAAGAAAGGCCCAUCUUAGGUUCACGAAGACGGCAGAUCUCAACUCCCUCGGACAGAUUCACAUUUGAAGAAGAGCAUGUGGAUUUUACUUGGAAUAGAUCCUACACUCGCUGAGUGAGGGAAGCAGGUGGUAUCAUAAGAUCAUAGUAGAUUGGCAGUGCUAAACUUAAUACCAAGAGGCACAUAAUAUGUUUAAAAACUGUUAGGU